UAAUCAGGAUCACACAACAAUAAUGAAUGGAAACGCAGCGUAGCCAAGAAAAGUUGAGCAGCUUGAAAAACUUACUGUCGGCCAGUAAAGGACACUUUAUCAACGGCUUUGAGGAAGAAUUUGCUUUUUUUUUGGAGUGAUGGAUUGGCCGGUUGAAUCUGAUAUUUCACUUUGGAGAAGAAAGCUGCGUUUCUGUGGGAAGUUUUGAAUUGUUUUUUUGUUUUUUUAUCGCUAGCUUGAUUAACGGUAAAUGGCACUUAUUGGGACAGUGAUAGGAAACUACCGCGUUGUCAGUCGAGUUUUACUCGCGAAAAAAGUGGAUUAUGUGGAGAAAGCCGUGAAGGAAGCUGGAGAAUUUGGGGGAAAUAUUUAGCCUCACUGUGGAUUAUCACCAACAGAGAGAUAAGAAGAAGAAAAAGAGGAAAAAAAGCGGAUAAGUUUGGACGUUUCACGUUGACAGGAGGGUAAAAAUGGGUAACGUGGAGAGCGUUGAUGGCCAGUCCGAGAUGAAGCAUCACAUCAUGCCUCUGAAGGUGCCCAUGCCUGAUCCCACCGAGCUGGAGGAGAAGUUUGCCAUUGUUUUGAAUUCGAUGAAUCUGCCUCCGGACAAAGCUCGGCUCCUCAGGCAGUACGACAAUGAGAAGAAAUGGGAUUUGAUCUGCGAUCAGGAGAGGUUUCAGGUGAAGAACCCCCCGCACACCUACAUCCAGAAGCUCCGAGGAUACUUGGACCCAGGAGUCACACGAAAGAAAUUUCGUCGGCGUGUGCAGGAAUCCACAAAAGUCCUGAGGGAGCUGGAGAUAUCACUGCGGACCAACCACAUUGGGUGGGUCAGGGAGUUCCUCAAUGACGAGAACAGAGGUCUUGAUGUCCUGGUUGAGUACCUCUCCUUUGCCCAGUGUGCUGUCAUGUUGGAUUUUGAGGGGCUGGAAAAUGGGGAGGAUGGCUUCUUGGACAAAGCUAAAUCAUGGAGCAGGUCCAUAGAGGAUCUGCACCAUACGGGCGCCCAACCCUUCUGCAACACGCUGGUGCGUUCUGCCCGCCAGUCUGUCCUGCGGAAUGGAUCCGUUUCAAACAGCAAAACCAUCAAGAACUCGAGGCUCGUGAGCCAAAAAGAUGAUGUGCAUGUGUGCAUCAUGUGCUUGAGAGCAAUCAUGAACUAUCAGUAUGGCUUCAAUAUGGUCAUGUCUCAUGCACAUGCUGUCAAUGAAAUCGCUCUCAGCCUGAACAAUAAGAACCCACGGACGAAAGCGUUGGUCCUCGAGCUCCUUGCUGCUGUCUGUCUUGUUCGAGGAGGUCAUGAAAUCAUCCUUUCAGCUUUUGAUAACUUCAAAGAGGUUUGUAAAGAGAAGCAUCGCUUCGAGAGACUGAUGGAUUACUUUCGUAGUGAGGAGGGAAACAUCGACUUCAUGGUUGCGUGCAUGCAGUUUAUUAACAUCGUGGUCCACUCAGUCGAAGACAUGAACUUCAGAGUCCAUUUGCAGUUUGAAUUCACCAAGCUGGGACUUGAUGAAUACCUAGAGAAAUCGAAGCACACGGAGAGCGACAAGCUGUCAGUGCAGAUCCAGGCCUACCUGGACAACGUGUUUGACGUGGGUGGCCUCCUGGAGGACGCCGAGACGAAAAAUGCGGCUCUGGAGAAGGUGGAGGAGCUGGAGGAGCACCUGUCCCAUGUGACUGAGAAGCUGCUGGAGGUGGAGAAUGAAACGAUGAUGAAAGUUGCAGAUUUGGAGAAGCUUUUAAUCCAGAAAGAUAAAGACCUGCAAGCAAUACGGGAGACAUACGAGUCGACCAACACCCAGGUUAACACCCUGAGGAGGAUGAUCAAGGAGAAGGAUGCAGCGUUCCAGAGGCAGGUCAACAUCGAGCGGCGGCUGCUGGAGCUGGAGCAGCAAGGCACCAUCCGUUUGCACAAGAAGCCCGAUGGCGACAUCUCCAUCGAGCCGCUGGGCGUGGGCAGCGGGGGUGGCGGGAUCACUUUGGGGAACGUUGGCCAGCUGAUGUUCGGUCCCACGGCUGGGCUGACGGAACCCGGAGGACCAGACACCAGCUUGCCACCGGCGAGUGAAGCUCCACCGCCUCCUCCACCGCCUCCACCACCUCCCCCUCCUCUGCCUUCUGCUUCAGCUGUUCCAAUUCCACCGCCUCCUCCUCCUCCACUUGCGCCUCCACUGCCAGAUGCUUCUCCCUCUGUCAUCAUGACCCUGGGUCUGUCAGCUAUCAGAAUCAAGAAGCCAAUCAAGACGAAGUUCCGUCUGCCUGUAUUUAACUGGACGGCCCUAAAGCCCAAUCAGAUCAACGGCACCGUCUUCAACGAGAUCGAUGAUGAGCGUGUGCUGGAGGAGCUGGAUCUGGAGAAGUUCGAGGAGUUGUUUAAGACGAGAGCCCAGGGUCCUGUUGUGGAUCUUUCUUGCACAAAGAGUAAAGUCUCUCAGAAGGUGGUAAACAAAGUCACUCUGCUUGAUGCCAAUCGGUCUAAAAACCUGGCCAUCACGCUGCGAAAAGCCAACAAGACCACAGAGGAGAUCUGCAAAGCAAUUGAGAAGUUUGACCUCAAGGCUCUGCCUGUGGACUUUGUGGAGUGCCUGAUGCGCUUCCUGCCCACCGAGGGGGAGGUGAAGGUGCUCCGUCAGUACGAGCGCGAGCGCCGUCCUCUGGACCAGCUGGCCGAGGAGGACCGCUUCAUGUUGCUGUUCAGCAAAAUCGAGCGGCUCACCCAGAGGAUGAACAUCAUCACCUUUGUCGGGAACUUUGCAGACAGCGUUGGCAUGCUCACCCCGCAGCUCAACGCCAUCAUCGCUGCGUCUGGCUCGGUGAAAUCCUCGCCAAAGCUGAAGAGGAUGCUAGAGAUCAUCUUAGCUUUGGGAAACUACAUGAACAGCAGUAAACGUGGGAGUGUUUAUGGCUUUAAGCUACAAAGUCUUGAUCUGCUGUUGGACACAAAGUCCACAGACAGGAAAAUGACUCUGCUCCACUACAUCGCACUUAUUGUGAAGGAGAAGUACCCAGAACUGGCCAACUUCUACAAUGAACUGCACUUUGUGGAUAAAGCUGCGGCGGUGUCUCUGGAAAACGUGUUGCUUGACGUUCGAGAGCUGGGCAAAGGCAUGGAUCUGAUCCGAAGGGAAUGCAGUCUCCAUGACCAUCCGGUGCUGAAAGGUUUUGUCCAGGCCAGCGAUCCGCAGCUGGACAAGCUGCAGCGGGACUCCAAGACGGCAGAGGAAGCCUUCAACAGUGUGGUGAGCUACUUUGGAGAGAGCGCCAAGACGACUCCGCCCUCAGUGUUCUUCCCCGUGUUUGUGCGCUUCAUCAAGGCCUACAAGGAUGCUGUGGAAGAAAAUGAACUGAAGAAAAAACAAGAGGAAGCAAUGAGAGAAAAGUUACUGGCUAAGGAGGCUAAACAGCAUGACCCCAAGGUCCAGGCGCAAAAGAAGAGGCACCAGCAGCAGGAGCUGAUCGCAGAGCUGCGGAAGCGGCAAGCCAAAGACCAUCGACCGGUGUACGAGGGCAAGGACGGCACCAUCGAGGACAUCAUCACAGUACUGAAGAGCGUGCCCUUCACGGCCCGCACUGCUAAACGCGGCUCACGGUUCUUCUGUGAAGCCAACCUCUGCGACGACGCCAACUGCUAGCCCUCCCUCUCUCUAAUGCCAAGAUCUCCGAAACCAGCCCUUCCUGAGAGUCGAUGCCUUGAUCCGGAGCGGUUGGAAGAGACCCUAAACCACUUACCUGCCACUCAUACUUCCCCUUCCCUUUAUAACACUUGUCCAUGUGUCCCAGUGGUCCCUCUCAACCCCUGAGGUUGAAAAUCACAAAAAAAAGGACUAAAAAGGGAGGAACGGGGCAGAGCUCUUGUUUUGGCUGAAUAAUUUAUUUAUUUAUGGAGGUCCUCCUUAGCAACCACUUUCAGCAGGCAAGUAUCAUUAACCAAGCACAAUGAGGAUGCUUCUCCUCCAACCCUCCCUGCUGUACCGGCGCUGAAGGUCAGACCAGUUCAGUUGGAAGGCGACUGCGGCAAAGGUGAGACUAGUCUCCAGAACCCGUGUCCUUACUCGACUGCAGAAGUGAGACCGGGAGGCGGUCCGAAAACAUCGCCAACCGGCUCAGUCUGCCUCAAAGACAUUUGCAGAACAAUCCUCCAAAACGACAUGUCAUAAUCGGACUCUAGUGGACUAUUUAUUAGAGUUUUGCCAAGUCUUUCUCGUCAUGUUCAGUCGAGGCUCCAUGUCGAGGAAUGUUUAUGUCGAUCGUACUCAAGAGGAAAACUUUUCCUGGUUCUUCUAGAUGAAGCUAGUCCAACCAAAAUGUCUCCAAUCAUAUCUUUCUUAAGAAGUGCCUUUUGUGUAAACAGUGUUAUUGUUGUAUGUCAGCCAUAAUUUACUUCAUUUGGUGAAGAUUGUACUUUUUUGUAUUUCAGCCUUGUGCUAUUACCUGCAGCCUUGUAAUACCCACAAUAUGUAAGCUGAAAAUCGGGCUUUAUCAACACCUAGAAAGUGAUUUCUAAUAUUUACCCUUCAAGUAAAAUAAUCUGACAUAAGUUAUACUUGGGGGGUGGGGGGCUAGAGUGGGGCUUAUCCAAGCAACUGUAAAAAGAAAAACAAUUGAAUGUUACUUGUAUCUUGACAACACUUCCUGUCACACUUUGGGUGGCAUUUUGAAAGUGACUUAUUUGCCAGGAGGUCUCCAGAUGUACACACGAUGUGGAAGAUAUUGGCUGUAAGAUGCAUCUCAAUAGAUUAGAAUAUGAUCAAAAUCUAGUUUAUUCCAAUAUGUCAAUUAAAAAUGUGAAACUCAUAGAUUUGAUUGCACAUACAUUAUAUUUCAGUUUAUUUCUGUUUGGUUUGCUGAUUGUGGCUUGCAGCUAAAGAAAUCCAAAUGUAGUUUCUUGGAAAAUCAGAAUAUUUAACCAGAAAGAAAGGAUUUUUAAUGUAGGAAUGUGUACAGGAUAUGAACUCAGUGUUUAGUAGCAUGGCAUGGAGAGAAUCAGCCUGUGGCUCAGCUGAGGUGUUAAUGAAACGCAGCCUGCUUUAAUGCCUUCAGCUCGUCUGCAUGAUUGGUUCUGCCGUUUCAUCUCCCUCUUGGCCAUACUUUGUGGUUCUCUCGCAGUUUAAGGCAGGAGGGUUAGCAAUGUGAGGUUUUUAAACCCGCUAUGCUCUAAAAUAUCCUGAUAGAUGGCCACACGGACUUUGGACUUGAGCAGCAGACGACGCAACUCUUAAGAAUCACCACCACCUGUGAAAUCUUUAACCUGGACCUCACGUAACUCGGGCUCUGGAAUCGUCUGUUUGUGGUUUCUCUUGAAGCGCCGUCCCAAACUCUACCAUGAGCUUUGAUUCAGAAUCUUCUAGAAACCAGUGACAAUCUCUGAUGCCUGUGGACCUGAUCAUCCGAAUUGUUUUCCUUUCAUUCAACUUUUUGUUAUUUUGCUGGGAUACAGCAGUCUGUAUAUCGGAGACUCCUUCAGGUUGAUCGUCACGACUGUAGAAACGGUUUCUAUAUCUGUAGCUUUAUGUUUGCAUAUUCUAUUGAGUCACUUUAAUUCUUCAGAUUUUCCAAGAAACAGAAUAAACACACGCAGAAAAAAUCUGCUUGUGUUUUUGCAUGGAUUUAAAUUGAAUUCCUGAAAUUAAUUAGAGCUUUUGUGAUAUUCUAAUUUACUAAGAUGCAUCAGUGCGUGUGUGUUUCUAAGCUCUUGUUUAAGUCAUGGCAAAUGAUUUGUUCUUACACUACAUACUUUGGCUUAAAAUAGUAUGAGACACUAUUUUUUACAAGAAAGGUUUUAUCAAUGUAAAUUUAAAAAAAAAUUAAUCAAGGAAUGUUCUUUGUAGAGAAAAAAUGAUUUCUGGGAUCAUCAAGUGCCUGAAAGGUGACACUUUCUGUUUAAUAAACAUGUUGAAUAAGAACCUUCAUCAGACUGCAGGGUCAUGGAAAAAAAGAGUUUUUGGCUUCCUUUCUUUGAUGAAGCAACAUUCAAACAAACAAUUUCUACAUCUUUGUGUUUUAUUUCUUAGGAUCAACUAAGAUACUCUUCCUCCAUUUCUCUCCAAAUGACAGACAGGGCCGUUGUACAUUUCUACUAGAAAAAUCCAUUUAAUUUCUUAUAUAUAUAAAAAAAAAACAAUCAGAUCCACAAACCUGUGGGCUUUUUGCUA